UUUUUGGCAUGCGCAGGAAAAGCGCGCGAAAGCUUGAAACUUUUGAAUUUUUAAAGCGCGCCAUCUUUACGCAAAUUAAUUUUUCAAAUUUUAUGAUGAUAAAGGGGUUAAUUACUUUAAUUACGAUUAAGUGAGCAUUGAAAAAAAAAUUCAAUUAAUUUUUUUAAAAAAUAAUCAAUUACUUUAAUUAUUUCAAUGGAUAAAAAUAAAUUACGUCCGGACUUACAGGGAAUCGUAAAUAAAUUUGUUGAUCUGAGUGUUGAACAUUGUGCGCUAAAAAAAAAUCUAAAUGCUCAAGAAGAAAUCGUUGAUUUGUUUAACAUGAAUGCGAAUAAGGCACAGGAAAGAUUAGAUAAAUUAAUUCCAGCUGUGGAAAAAUAUUAUGAAAAUAAGGAGAGAGAAGUUCGAAAUCUUAAAAGACAAAUAAGAAAUCUCGAAGAUGAAAAAGAAAUAAUUCAAUGCGACAAAACAAUAAUUGAAGAAAAACAUCGAGAAGAAAUGGGAAAUUUAAACAAAAAAUAUCAAAAUGAAUUAAUGAAUUUAAAAAAAAAAUAUGAUGAAGAAAUAAAUGAACUUAAAAUUCUUGUCGAUUCUCAAAAAAUUACGAUAAAAAAAUUAACGGAAGAAAUUAAAAAAAAUGGUGACUUUGUUCACCCGGCUUUGUAUGAAACAAUUACGGGUGGUAAUAAAAAAAGGCCGAAGAGUAAGAAAAAAACUGCUCAAGUAUUUGACUGGCCUAGUCUUGAUAUUGAACUGUCGCAGUCUGAUAAAAACAAUGAAACGGUUGUUGAGAAAAAAAGAAGAAAACUUUAUACUCCCAGCGAGGAACCGAUUGUUGAUCUUGAUUAAAAUAUUUAUUUACAAUUAAUUAUAUCCAGUGUAAUCAAAUUUGAUAGCCAUUUUACUAAGUAUUUAGUAAUUUUUUAAUUUAAUUUAAUUUAGAUAUUAUUUUUUUUUAUUUGAGUAUAAAAAAGUACAAAUUUGUUAGCUGAGUAAUUAAUUAUUACUUUGGUUGACACCAUUG